AUGGACAUUAGAGGUACCGCCGCCUCUCCCGCAGACAAGAUAAAAGGCCGGACAUUCCCGGAACGCUUAUUGCCUGCGAUUCGUCAAUUUCUCUACGAUAUACAAAAACAACGACUACCGCACCAUUUCAAAGCUACAGUAAUUGUCCACUCCGCUUCAUGCUUUUCAAAGCAAGUCGUGUCCUGCCACGAAAAUAUUCCACUAGCUGCAGUAUACUUUGGAAACAUACAAGGCGGUGUUUUCAUCAAUCAUUGGGAGUGCAACUGA